AUGUGCGGAAGAACAGCCUGCACUCUGGCCCCGGACGAGGUGAGCCGAGCCUCCUCCUACAGAAACCGAGGCGGGCAGCGGAGACAACCCCGCUGGAGGGAUGGAGACGCGGACAAAUACCGACCCUCGUACAACAAGAGCCCGCAGUCCAUGAGCCCGGUGCUGCUGUCCCAGAGGCACUUUGACAAGGAUGCCCCUGUGGAUGAGUGUGUGUUGGCCUCGAUGCGUUGGGGUCUGAUACCUUCGUGGUUCAAGGAGAAUGACCCAAGCAAGAUGCAAUACAGCACCAGCAACUGCCGCAGUGAGAAUCUAUUGCAGAAGAAGUCCUACAAGGAUCCCCUGAUAAAAGGACAGCGCUGUGUCAUCCUGGCUGAUGGUUUUUAUGAGUGGCAGAGGGUGGAAAAAGGCAAGCAGCCUUUCUUCAUCUACUUCCCUCAGACCGAGGGGCUCAGCCAGGAGAAAAAAGAGGAUCAGGAUGACACCAUGACCUUGGCUCGCAAUAAGGACAAUUCAGAGGCAGUGUGCCCUCCAGGGGAAGCCUCCCCUGGUUUGACAGAGGAAGGAGAAGCACCAGGUGAGUGGACUGGAUGGAGGUUGCUGACUAUGGCUGGACUGUUUGACUGCUGGACGCCUCCAGAUGGUGGAGAACCCCUUUACUCAUACAGCGUAGUCACAGUGAACGCGUCCCAGAAUCUGCAAAACAUUUUUUUUAGGAUGCCAGCAAUCCUGGAUGGAGAAGAAGAAGUGAGAAGAUGGCUGGAUUUCGGGGAGGUGAAGUCUCUGGAUGCUCUGAAGCUGCUUCAAUCUAAAAACAUUUUGACCUUUCACCCGGUGUCUUCGUUGGUCAACAAUUCGCGCAACAACUCUCCAGAGUGCCUCCAGCCAGUGGAUCCCAACAGCAAAAAGGAGCCCAAACCCACAGGGAGCAGUAAGAUGAUGAAGAGCUGGCUGUCGAGUGGCGUCCCUUCAAAGAGGAAGGAGUCAGAAAUGUGUCAGAGUCAAGAAGAGCAAGACAGCGAGACUCGGCCCAAGUCUACAGGAGGACUUCAGCGGUGGCUUCAGGGAGCCAAUAAGAAACCAAGAACCAAGUGAAUAUAUGAAAAAAAUUAAGCCUUUUUGUUGUUCUUUACUGUUUUGGAAAUAGAUUACAUGGUCAGUUUUUUUCCUUGUACUAAAAAUUAAAUAUUUUAAAUGUAAGAAAAAUAUUCUUCACCGUUACUACUCAUUAGUUAUGAUUUUCAUAAUAAAUACAGUAUGCUUGA